UUCGACCCGCCCCUAGGCGGUUAACGAGGAAGUGAGUGACAGUUUCACCCAGCUCCCGGUGGAUGUUUCUGCUUCGCUGAAAUGAUCUUUAAAAUUAAUCAAAGUCUAAUUUUCCUCGUCUUCUGUAUCGGAGGAUCACUGGGGUGUAAACAGAGGAACAUCUCCUGUGAGGACAUUAAGACCCCUGAUGGAUUCAAGUACUUACAUGAUCCCUUAUGUAACUUCUCGAAUGAGGGAAGUGAGAUCUCCGUUGAGGAUAAUGAGCACACCAUGAUGGCUCGGCUGGACCAUCAGUCUUUGGAGCAUGUGGCUGAAGUGAGGAGCAUGGACAAGAAUUCGGUCAUCACAAGCCACUGUCAGGACCUGCACGUAACAUGCGUAAUUUCUGAUGGAAAGGGCUCUGUUGAAGACUUCUGUUUCAAUUAUAUAAUUACUGGGAAAGGGGAAAUGAUGCCAAGUGGUUCAUCGACACCGUGGGCCCUCAUCAUCGGCGUAUCAUUUGCGGUAGCGCUCAUUGCGGUCGCUGGGUUCGUUGGGGUGCUUUGGUACAAGAAGCAACUCCGCGCAGCUACACAUAAGUUCAGUUCCCUGCUCGCUGUUAGACCGGGGAUUUUCCAGACCAGAGAGGAAGAGGCGGGGCUGGGUGGAAUACAGUCUGCCUCCGUUUCACAUAGAAGUGGUGAGAAUGUUACUGAGCAAGAUGACACACUUGAAAGUGUGCUUGUUGACAGUACGGCUGAUGACAACCCUGCUCAGUCCCUUAGUCUGGACCACAAUUUAUGCAAUGAGGAAAUCCAGCCGUCUGAAAAUGGCGACACAGUUGCACCCGAUGUUAACAGAGCUACUAAUCAUCGAGCCAUGCACAGGAACUUGGGGGAUGAUCCAGGAGGAGUCAAUGAUAACAAAGGAAAAGACAUUCCAAGGGAAAUGCACAACGGAUGGAACGUUGGUGAUUGUGGUGAAGAUCAUGAGGAUGAAGGACGAGCUCUGCUGUUCAGUCAGCGAGCUGCCAUCCAAAGUUCUGACAUGACAGGUGAAGCCGCAGUUUUGGUGAACAAGCGCGACUUUGAGCCAGACCAGGUCAGCAGGUGCUCUACUGCACCAGACACUGACGUGGAGUCAGCAUCCAACAAGUACUGAUAAAAGUAUUACUAAUAAUUAUAAUAGUAAUAAUGAUGAUAACUGCAAUAAUAAUAAUUAUAAUAAUUAUAAUAAUGCUUGGGUAUGUGGUACAUUUACUGGCAGUUCCUUUAGAAUCAAGUCCAGCACUUUUUUUUUUAAAUAAUCAUUUUCAUUCCAUGAUGCCUUUGUCUCUUUUAUGAUCGAUCAAAUGGAUCAGAUAACACAUUAACUUGGGUUAGCAAUCAUAGAUUUGUUGAUCAAUAAAAUGGAAAAUACUUGUCUCAUAAAAAGAAAGAAAAGCUGAGAAUGUUCAGUGCUUGACUUGACCAAAGGAAGGGUGGACCUGUCACAAGACAUGUCAGAAAAAGUACCACAGACACAGCUAUGACACACCUGAAUAUGAAUGUAUUAAUAUUAAUGCAUCAACAUAUGUGUUCUUAUAUAACAGGUGUGCAUAUAUAUAUAUAAACAGUACUAUAUAAACAGUACUGUUUGAUGAAUAUAUUUGAAGUGUUGUAUUUAUAUAUAUUAUAUUAUACCUCUUUAGAAUAUAUGAUUUUAAUGAGAUGUUGCAACAGAAUGCACAAUACAGUCUGCUUUUUCCUACCUAAUGUCAUUUUUGUAUUUCUCUGAUCAGUUAUAAGUAAGCCUGCCUUUACUCGCUGCAUAAUAUAACCACAUGUUUAUUUGUAUCACCUGGAUUACAGCACCCUUCUCAGGUUGCUUAAAUGUUAUUCUGUAUUGAUCAACAUGCUUGCUUUUCACUCGGCAUUUGCAAAUGUAGAUCUUAUUAUGAUUCUGCAUUUUACUUAUGUACUUUGUAUACUCAGUUGCAUUGCUUUAGCUUUUGAAUGGAUCAAUUUGAAUACAGUAAUAAUGAUAAUCUGUAUAUCAAAAAUUAUGAAUUGUUUUGAUAAAAUUUGAAAUAAAUUCUUUACUCC